CCCCGCCCCGCCCCGCCGCGCCGCCCCGGCCGCAGCCCCCAGGGUCCCGGCCGCAGCCGCCUGAGUCACCGCCAUGGCCGAGAGCGCGGAGAGCGGCGGCCCCCCGGGCGCGCAGGGCGGUGCGGCCGACGGCGGCCCCGCGGAGCCCAAGAUCAUGAAGGUCACGGUGAAGACGCCGAAGGAGAAGGAGGAGUUCGCUGUGCCCGAGGACAGCUCGGUCCAGCAGUUCAAAGAAGAAAUCUCUAAACGUUUCAAAUCUCAUACUGACCAACUUGUGUUGAUAUUUGCUGGAAAAAUUCUAAAAGAUCAAGAUACUUUGAGUCAGCAUGGAAUUCAUGACGGACUUACUGUUCACCUCGUCAUCAAAACACAGAACAGGCCUCAAGAUAAUUCAGCUCAGCAAACAAACACCACUGAAAGCAAUGUGACCAAUACAUCAUCUCCUAAUAGUAACCCCACAUCUGGUCCUGCUGCUAACGGCCCUUUUGGCUUAGGAGGACUUGCAGGUCUGAGUAGUUUGGGUUUAAAUACCACCAACUUCUCUGAACUCCAGAGCCAGAUGCAACGGCAGCUUUUGUCGAACCCUGAGAUGAUGGUGCAGAUCAUGGAAAACCCCUUCGUUCAGAGCAUGCUUUCCAACCCUGACCUGAUGCGACAGUUGAUUAUGGCCAAUCCACAGAUGCAGCAGUUGAUACAGAGAAACCCGGAGAUCAGCCACAUGCUCAACAAUCCAGACAUAAUGAGACAGACGUUGGAACUUGCCAGAAAUCCAGCAAUGAUGCAGGAAAUGAUGAGGAACCAGGACCGAGCCUUGAGCAACCUAGAGAGUAUCCCAGGCGGCUACAAUGCCUUACGACGCAUGUACACAGACAUCCAGGAGCCCAUGCUGAACGCUGCACAGGAGCAGUUUGGUGGUAAUCCAUUUGCUUCCUUAGUGAGCAGUACUUCCUCAGGUGAAGGAAGUCAGCCUUCUCGAACAGAAAAUAGGGAUCCACUACCCAACCCGUGGGCUCCGCAGACUUCCCAGAGUUCACCAGCCUCUGGUAGCACCACUAGCACUGUGAGCGGCUCUGCUGGAGGCGCCGCCAGUACCCCGGCUGGGCAGAGUACCUCAGGACCCGGCUUGGUGCCUGGAGCAGGAGCUAGUAUGUUCAACACACCAGGAAUGCAAAGCUUGUUGCAGCAAAUAACUGAGAACCCACAACUUAUGCAGAACAUGCUGUCUGCCCCGUACAUGAGGAGCAUGAUGCAGUCACUAAGCCAGAACCCUGACCUUGCUGCGCAGAUGAUGCUGAAUAAUCCCCUAUUUGCUGGAAAUCCUCAGCUUCAAGAACAAAUGAGACAACAGCUCCCAACUUUCCUCCAACAAAUGCAGAGCCCUGACACCCUGUCAGCAAUGUCCAACCCCAGAGCUAUGCAGGCGCUGUUACAGAUCCAGCAGGGCCUGCAGACAUUGGCGACAGAAGCCCCCAGCCUCAUCCCAGGGUUUACUCCUGGCGUGGGGGCAGCAGGCAAUUCUGGAGGCUCCUCAGCAAACAGUGCAGCCAACACUGCCCCCAGUGAAAACCCAAGCCCCACCGGGGGCACUCCUGAGCCAGGCCAGCAGCAGUUUAUCCAGCAAAUGCUGCAAGCCCUUGCUGGGGUGAAUCCUCAGCUGCAGAGCCCAGAAGUCAGGUUCCAGCAACAACUGGAACAGCUCAGUGCUAUGGGAUUUUUGAACCGUGAAGCAAACUUGCAAGCACUGAUAGCAACAGGGGGUGAUAUCAACGCAGCGAUUGAAAGGUUGCUGGGCUCCCAGCCAUCAUAGCAGCAUCUCUGUACCCUGAAAAAAAUGUAAUUUAUUUUUGAUAACGGCUCUUAAAUCUUUAAAAUAACCUGCUUUAUUUCAUUGGAAUUCUGUGCUGUUAUAAAGGAGACCGAUGGGAAGCGCCUGAGAUGGAGUGCCGUACGACGUGCAGGUUUCUGUAUCUCUUUGGAACAGUGGGAAUCAAUGUUUUCAGUUAAGGCUGCUGCAUGCAUCAAACACUUGGCAUUUAUUGUAAUUUUUUUUAAAUAUCACCUUUUCUAAUUGGGUGAACAAAUUUUUGUCCUGCAUCUGUCCAACUAACUUGCUUUUAAACAUACCCCAUGGUAGUAAUUUAUGUAGAAUAAAGGCAUUAAAGCAGA